AUGAUGAAUCAGGAGAUCAUGUGCGAGGUGGAGAUAGGGACGCACGGGUCUAUGGUGGAGAUUGAGGGCGACGAUCAAGUUGGAGUCAAGUACGAAGAGAUAGAGACUGGUCAGUACGAGGAGUACAUCACAGAUGAUCAGUAUGAAGAGGUGGAAGAGCAAGUUAUUGGUAUGCAGCACCUCGAGGAAGACUAUAAAAUUUCAGUGGGCAGCGAAGAGGUCAUAUUGCCAGGCAUAUCUGGCGAGGAAGUGCUAAAUGCGAGUACAGACUCGCACUACGAUCCGCUGUACACAGUGCCGCCUUCAACUAGCAGUUUGCCUGAUUGUUCCAACAGAGGGCGCGGCAGGCCUCGUUCAAAUGUCAACAAUAACGCUAAUAAUAUACAGCAUUUAAUGCCUAUCGGUGAAGUCCCGGUAGGUCUAAUGGAUGGAGUGUCAGGUCGUGGGCCGGCGCGGCGCUGGGAACAGAAGCAAGUUCAGAUCAAGACCAUGGAGGGAGAGUUCUCCGUCACCAUGUGGGCUACUGGCGAGGAUGAUGAUGACGGUUCGAAUCCCGAGCCGGACCCCGACUACACAGAGUAUAUGACCGGCAAGAAGAGUAUAUUAGGAAGUGAAUCUAUGCCAGGAUUAGACUUGUCAGAUCCGAAACAGCUGGCGGAGUUUGCGCGGCCCGGACACAAGAUAAGACUAAAGAAACCCAUGCCGGAGUCAUCGGACAGAACUAUUGCGUGUCCCCACAAAGGCUGCACGAAGAUGUUCAGAGACAACUCCGCCAUGAGGAAACAUUUACACACACACGGACCCAGGGUACACGUCUGUGCUGAAUGUGGCAAAGCAUUCGUAGAAAGUUCAAAGUUAAAACGCCAUCAACUAGUCCACACCGGCGAGAAACCUUUCCAGUGCACAUUCGAGGGCUGCGGGAAGAGGUUCUCCUUAGAUUUUAACUUAAGAACACACGUCCGCAUCCACACAGGCGACCGUCCGUACGUGUGUCCGUUCGACGGAUGCAACAAGAAGUUCGCGCAGAGUACCAACCUCAAGUCACAUAUACUUACACAUGCUAAGGCCAAAUCAAGAAAUUCAUUAUCACGCAACGGUGGUAAUUCCUACGAGUCAGCGCGAACGACGCCGCAAUACGUCCAACUAGAAAUGUCUCCGGACGACUCGAACCCACAACUAAUCUUCUACACCCACGAAUGA